ACUGACAGGCUUCGCUGCAUGAAAAUUCUGCAGUUACGUAACCCGUUCGUUAUCUCGGAUAGGCGACGGAAAAACACUAUGAACAAAAACCACUACAUCGCUCCACCCACGUGGACAGUAUUGUGACGUUUCGAUACUUGUUUGGUUGAUCAUACCAACGCAGGAAGACCGCUAGUCGUCAUCGAUACUGCUUAUAUCAAGAUUCGAUAAACGAAAAACAACGAAGAGGAAAUCACCCAAAGACGUUGCGGUCAGAUCUUAUCUCGCGUUAUCGCGAUCCAGUCUCUUCCGACCGAAAUUUCUACGACCCGGACCCACAUUCGUCGAGGUUUUGUUCACCUGUUCGCACGGGAAUAUGGCUCGGCAAAAGUUCGAGUUCGCUAUUGACCGCGGUGGUACCUUCACCGACGUCUACGCUAAAUGCCCAGGCGGGAGAAUUCGAGUGAUGAAACUGUUGUCUGUGGAUCCUGCGAAUUACGAGGACGCGCCGCGCGAAGGGAUCCGCAGGAUCCUUGAACAGGAAACUGGGAAGAAAAUUGAUGGAGAAAUAGAUGGUUCCUCGAUAUCAUGGAUAAGAAUGGGUACUACGGUUGCCACAAACGCUCUUUUGGAAAGAAAAGGUGCGAAAAUGGCCCUACUGAUAAACGAAGGGUUCAAGGAUCUUCUCUAUAUUGGAAAUCAAGCUCGACCGAAUAUAUUCGACCUGCAAGUAGCCACUCCAGAAGUAUUAUAUAAAAGAGUAGUGGAAGUGAAAUGCAGAGCGAUACCCGCACUGCCCGGUAAAUGUCUCUUGGACAGCAGCAAAUGGAGAAGAGUAAAAGGAUCCACUGGCGAAGAUCUCUUCGUCAUCGAAGAACUUGACGAAGUUAAAUUAAAGAAGGAUCUAGAAGAAUUAAAAGAAUCAGGAAUCGAAAGUUUAGCAGUGGUUCUCGCCCACAGUUACAUGUUUGCUGAACAAGAACGAAGAGUAGGGGAGUUAGCGAAGCUUGCAGGUUUUCUGCAAGUGUCGUUAUCGCAUGAAAUCAUGCCAAUGGCGAGGAUAGUUCCCCGAGGAUUUACCGCUUGCGCCGAUGCAUAUUUGACGCCGCAUAUUAAACAAUAUUUACAGGGAUUCGUAUCCGGUUUCAAAGAUAAUUUAAAAGGUGUGAACGUAUUGUUUAUGCAAAGCGAUGGAGGAUUGACUGCGAUGAAUUCAUUCACCGGAUCUCGAGCUAUUCUUUCCGGUCCCGCAGGCGGAGUUGUAGGCUACGCAAUGACAACUUAUAGCAAAGAAACCGACCUCCCGGUGAUUGGUUUCGAUAUGGGUGGCACGUCGACUGAUGUCAGUCGUUACGCUGGCAGCUACGAGCACGUUUAUGAAAGCACAACCGCUGGUGUAACGAUUCAAGCUCCACAGUUGGACGUGAACACGGUUGCGGCAGGAGGUGGAUCAAUGCUUUUCUUCAGGUCAGGUCUCUUCGAGGUCGGGCCUGAGAGCGCCGGAGCCCAUCCGGGGCCGGCGUGUUACAAGAAGAAUGGACCACUGGCUGUCACCGACGCGAAUUUGGCAUUAGGUCGGUUAUUACCAGAAUAUUUCCCGAAAAUCUUUGGUCCGAACGAGAACGAACCCCUAGACAAGUCUCGAACAAUGGAAGCUUUCCAUAAGCUCACGAGCGAAAUAAAUGAUUUCUUAGCAAAAGAAGGGCAUGGAGGAGACAUGAGCGUCGAAGAAGUGGCGAUGGGUUUCGUCAGAGUCGCGAAUGAAACUAUGUGCCGACCUAUACGAGCCCUGACGCAGGGAAAGGGUUACGAUACGUCGCGUCACGUUUUAGCGUGUUUCGGGGGCGCAGGAGGGCAACACGCGUGUGCCAUUGCGCGUUCCUUGGGAAUGCGAACUGUUUUCGUUCACAAAUACGCUGGGAUUCUUUCGGCCUAUGGUAUGGCUUUGGCUGACGUUGUGGAAGAAGCCCAGGAACCCAGCGCUGAAGUUUAUGAACAGGAGUCGUUUGCUCGUUUGGAUGAACGACUGGACGUCCUGACGAAGAGAGUUCGUGGUAAAUUAGCCGCGCAAGGAUUCCCGGAUUCUCAUAUAAUCACCGAACCCUUUUUACACUUGCGUUACCAAGGGACAGACUGUGCUCUGAUGUGCACUCCUAAGUCACAUACUCAAACCAACAGCACAAAGCACGGAGAUUUUCUCGCUACAUUCUUGGAAAGAUAUCAGACAGAGUUCGGAUUCACUAUGCCCAACCGCAAAGUCCUUGUGAACGAUAUCAGAGUGAGGGGCGAAGGGAAAACGGACAUCGAGGGAGACUCAAUUUUGCCUCAAUCCAACGAGCCACCAAAAUUAGAGAAGACCACUAUGGUAUACUUUGAGAAUGGAUAUCUCGAGACGAAAGUAUAUCAGUUGCAUUCACUGUCACCUGGCCACGUGAUUUACGGCCCGGCGAUUAUCAUGGACAGUUUGAGCACCCUUCUGGUCGAACCCGAUUGCACCGCGUCGAUAACGUCUGAAGGCGAUGUGAAAAUAAUGAUCGGUCAAGGACCAAGAGUCGAGGUCACCACCGAGUUGGACACUAUCCAGCUGAGUAUCUUCUCUCAUCGUUUCAUGAGCAUCGCCGAACAAAUGGGCAGGAUCCUCCAACGAACGUCGAUUUCUACGAACAUCAAGGAGCGUCUGGAUUUCUCCUGCGCGGUUUUCGGUCCUGACGGUGGCCUCGUUUCCAACGCCCCGCAUAUACCCGUGCAUCUGGGCGCUAUGCAAGAAACUGUUCAGUAUCAAAUGAAGGUUUUCAAUGGUGAAUUCUCAAGAGGGGAUGUGAUUCUCGCGAAUCAUCCCUCUGCCGGAGGAUCGCAUCUUCCAGACUUUACUGUCAUCACUCCAGUAUUCUACAAAGACGUGGAAAAACCGGUGUUCUUCGUGGCAAGCAGAGGGCAUCAUGCUGAUAUUGGAGGUAUCACGCCUGGUUCCAUGCCUCCACAUUCGACCUCGUUGAGUCAAGAAGGUGCAGCUUUCAAGAGCUUUUUAUUGGUGCACAAAGGCGUGUUCAGGGAGAAAGAAUUGACGGAAGAGUUGAUGGCACCAGGGAAGAUUCCAGGAAGUUCCGGAACCAGAAAUUUGUCAGAAAACUUGAGCGAUCUCAAAGCUCAGAUCGCAGCCAAUCAUAAAGGUUCAUUAUUGGUCAAUGAAUUGAUUGAUAUUUAUGGUCUCGACGUGGUGCAAGCUUACAUGGGCCACAUUCAACACAACGCCGAGGUCGCUGUCCGUGAUAUGUUGAAGUCUGUCGGUGAAAAGCUUUUAGAGAAAACUGGGAACACCGUGGCGACUGCUGUGGAUUAUCUCGACGACGGAAGUGAAAUCAAAUUCUUUUUGAACGUUAAUGUGGAGAAGGGCGAAGCGGUUUGCGAUUUCACUGGCACAGGGUACGAAGUAUGGGGUAAUUGCAACGCACCUCGCGCGGUCACUCUGUCAGCGUUGAUUUACUGUUUGAGAAGCAUAGUUGGACGAGACAUUCCCCUGAACCAGGGUUGUUUGAAACCCGUGAAAAUAAUUAUUCCCAAGGGAUCGCUCUUGGACCCUUCGGAGGAGGCAGCCGUGGUCGGUGGGAACGUCCUCACGUCUCAACGUGUUGUCGACGUAGUUCUGCAGGCUUUCGGAGCUUGCGCGGCCUCGCAGGGCUGCAUGAAUAAUGUGACAUUCGGCACUGAGGAAUGGGGCUAUUACGAAACUGUCGCUGGCGGCAGCGGAGCAGGACCGACGUGGAACGGUAGAGGGGGAGUGCACACGCACAUGACCAACACCAGAAUCACCGAUCCGGAGAUACUGGAGCUUCGUUAUCCAGUUAUUCUUAACAAAUUUUCUCUGAGACCUGGGAGUGGGGGACGGGGCGCUCAUCCCGGUGGCGAUGGAGUCGUCCGUGAGAUUACUUUCAGAGCAAACAUGAUGUUGUCGGUGCUGACAGAAAGGAGAGUCCACAGUCCGCCAGGAUUAGCUGGAGGUCAGCCAGGGGAAAAAGGAAGAAACACGUUGCUCAGAGCCGAUGGGAGGAAGAUCAAUCUCGGAUCUAAGACCGCGGUGCCGGUUUGUCCCGGGGAUACGUUUCUUUUGGAGACUCCCGGAGGUGGCGGUUAUGGUAUUCCCGGCGAACAAGCAAUUUCAGUUCAACAGAGUGCUCGAGGAUUCGUCGAACGCGGGAGCGUGUUCGAGUACAGAAAGGCGCAGGAAUCCGUGUAAUUCUCGACGCAUAUUAAAAUUCGUACAAUAAAGAUGCACAAUACCCCUUUUCUCGUAAUUACUGUAUCGAUCACUGACAAUAAAUGGUACAUGAAAUGAA